ACUCGGGGAGGUUUGAAGUGACAACAUCGCGGGGGGUAAGUUCACUUCAUCCCCCGCUGUAGUGGCCGUGGGAAGACCCGGGAGCCGAGCUGACAGGGUGCAACACUCUUACCUCAUGCCUUUCCAAAGUUUUUUUUUAUUUUUUCUCCACCCAGAGUUUUGUCACCUGGAGGAAAUGUUUGUGUUGGUGAGACGCUGAAACGCGCCUGAAGUUUCUGGCUCUUGUUUUUAAUAUAUGGGAAUGCUUCCCCAGUCCGCUGUUCAAGAGCCAAGAGGGACACUCUGUUCUGCGGAGACGCAUCUGAAGACAUGUUGCAUUGGACUCCUUGUGACUGGAGAGUGCCGCUCCUGAUCGUUCUGCUGUGGGACGGACUCCCUGCGUUGGAAGUGAAGCCCACGCGAUGGCCCCUGUUCCCCCAAAAGCCCCUGCUCCUCGCCUGGAACGUCCCGACUCAGGAAUGCGGCCCCUGGCACGGCGUGUCUCUACAGCUGGACCAGUUCCAGAUCGUGGCCACGCCCAACGAGGGCUUCGUCAGGCAGAACCUGACCAUUUUCUACAAGGACCGCUUGGGCUCGUACCCUUACUUUGAGGCGGAUGAAACGCCGGUGCGCGGGGGGCUGCCGCAGGUGGCCAGCCUCUCGCAGCACCUCAGCGAAAUGCAGAAAGGCGUCGACAAGUACAUCCCCAACCAGGAGGCGGCGGGCUUGGCCGUCAUCGACUGGGAGGAGUGGCGGCCCCUCUGGAUACGCAACUGGGGAGCCAAAGACGUCUACCGCCAGCACUCCAGGGAGCUGGUGCGCCAGAAGAACCCGACGUGGUCCGGCGAGCAGGUGGGCAAAGUGGCGCAGCAGGAGUUUGAGAUGUCGGCCCGGAGGUUCAUGCUGGACACGCUCAGGCACGCCAAGCACCUGAGGCCCAACAAGCUGUGGGGUUUCUACCUGUUCCCCGACUGCUACAACCACGACUACCUGCGCACCCUGGACAGCUACACGGGCCGCUGCCCCGACGUGGAGGUGGCCCGCAACGAGCAGCUGCGGUGGCUGUGGACCGAGAGCACGGCCCUGUUCCCCUCCGUGUACAUGGGCACGGUGCUGCGCUCCUCUGCCUCGGGGCGGCAGUUCGUGCGGAACCGCGUGAAGGAAGGGAUGCGUCUGGCCUCGUCCGGCGGCGGGCUGGCACGUCCUGUCUUUGUGUACACGCGGCCCACCUACGACAACUCCCUGGAACGGCUGACGGAGUUUGACCUGGUGUCCACCAUCGGGGAGAGCGUCGCUCUGGGAGCAGCGGGGAUUAUCCUGUGGGGAGAUGCAACGCAUGCAACCAACAAAAACACCUGCUCGGACAUGAACGCGUACCUUCAGGACACGCUGAGUCCGUACCUGCUCAACGUCUCCACGGCAGCAGAGCUGUGCAGCCGGGCGCUGUGCGGCUCCCACGGCCGCUGUCUGCGCAGACGCCCCGACAGCGACGUUUACCUCCACCUCAACCCCCUCACGCACCGCCUCGAGAGGCACGGCGGCAGAUUGACGGUCAGCGGCGAGCUGGGAGACGCCGAUCGGAUGGAUUUCGAGGCGGACUUUCAGUGCCAGUGCUACAGCGGCUUUCAGGGCGAGGCCUGCGAUCUCGAAGACCCUCUGCACCAAAGAGGAGACGCAGCGCCAACCAGAACACCAGCAGCGCUGCAGUGCGUGAUCUUGUUGAUAACCCUUGUGCUCUUGGGUUGAUAAUACCAAAAACACAAAUCUGCAGAUACACUGCCAUGCAGAGCUUUUUUUUUUAAUUUCCAUAUUUUCACAUUUUGCUCUGCCAAAAACCUGAGUUUAUUGUAUUGGGGUGUUCUGUGGUAGACCAACACAAUAGGGUGCAUAACUGAAAAGAUCAGAGAAGGACCACAGGGUUUCAAUUACAUUCAGGUUUAUGACAUUCUAUUACAUGAAUAUGCGCUGAUCUAAACCGCUGCAUCGUGGCUCUGCCUGCAUUUUUAGGGCUGUUGUCCUGGAGAAAGGGAACCUCCACCCCACUCUCAAGUCUUUUGGAGCCUUGGUCAGGGGCUAAAUCUGACUUCCCAUUAACUCCAAAUAAUUUGCCUGUCCCUGCUGAACAAAAGCAUCCCAACAGCACGAUGCUGCCGCUUCCAUGUUUUAACGUGGGAAUGAUUUUAUCAGAGCGGCGUGUCCAUUUUGGUCUUGUCUCAUCCGAGCACCACCUACAGAUUUUCUGCGUCUCCUAUAAGAAUUAAAGAAAAAAUACCAGACUUCUAAUAUUGAUUAGUGAUAUGCACAACUAUUUCUUUAACAUAUUCUUCCAUCUGAGCUGUGAAUCUCUGCAGCUCCUCCAGAGUUACCAUGGAUCUUUUGACUGUUCCUCUGAUUAACCUUACAAUGCCUGCCGGUUCAGGUGGGCAACCAUGUGACCUGGUAGUUUUUAUUUUAAAAUGAUUUGAACAAUGCUGUGUGAGAUUCUCCAAGGGGGGGGGGGGGGUUGUUUAAUAACCCAAUCUUGCUUUAAACUUUCCUCCUGACCUGUCUACUGUGUUCUUUGGUCCUCAUCAUGAUGUUGGGUCACAAACAAGCAGCUGUAGACAGAGAAGAAUCUACACGAAGAGAUGAAUCUUUAAUUUUAAAAGGGUAACAGAGUAAAGCGUGCAGAAAAAUUGUGACAAUGUUUGAAAACCAGAUAACACUCUGUCGGUCUAUCACAUCAAAUCCCAAUAAAAUACUUUUAACGUGGCAAAACGUGUAAGUAGGGAUAUAAAAGCUUUUUGCAAAGCACUGCUGGCAACCACCAAGAGGGAUUAGUCAGUCGCUCUCUGCUGCAAAACCUCCGUGACAGAAAGUCAAACUUCCUUAUAAACAAGGGGACUGAAAAGUGAUAUUUGUUUAUAGAUCAUAGGCAUCUUUUUUUUUUUUCAAGCAGCGGAGGGCUCGCUGGAAAUGACACUGUUUACAUUUAGCUCUCUGCUCGCCCCUCGGUCGGCGUUUUUCCAAGGCGUCGGGUCCUACGUUUCUCCUCCAGGUCCGACGCUUCUGUUGCGAAUGUGUUGAAUGACGUGAAGAAAUAAAAGUUGUUUGUGGGCGGUCGGGGGGUGGAAACAAAGCACUUACACCAGCUUAGAGCACACAACACGCCGGAAGUGCCGGAUUUCGUUUUAUUUUUGUUUUCACGACUCUCCACCGUGACCACUCUCUGGCGCCCCGAUGUUUUCCACGCACCCGGUUGCAGUGUGGUUAUUUAUUUGAAUGUAUUUUGAAGGUGAUUUCUAGGUUUUUACGUGUAUGUCUGAAUCAUGACUACUAAUGCCUUUAUACAACGAACUGUGUGUGUGUGUGUGUGUUUACCUCAAAAGCACAAUGCAAGAGUCUAUUUAGUGGAUAGGUUUGGAAAUAAAUAUGCUUACCUGUGCGAGGAUACAUUGUUUUCUUCUGAUUUGUCACUGUAAAUAAAGCAAUUUUUUGUGAGGCUG